AUGAAUUCAAAACAUCCAGUUGAAUUAUUGAAGAAAAAGAUCGAUCCUGAAGCCAUCAUGUAUAAGUUUAGAUGGAGUAACAAUUCAGUAUCAAUUGAACCUAUGACAUAAUUAACUCCUGAAAUGCUGGUUCUCGUCCACGAUUACGAAUUAAAACAAUUAGGCCACGACCCUUAAGAACCUAAGCCUCAAAAACACAUUAAAUAAGAUACUUAACCAAUAACUUAAAUUGCCAAUGCAAAAAAACCAGAGGAACAAAAAAAGGAAAAGAAAUCAAAUGACAAAGUCGAUAAAGCUGAAAAAGUUGUUGAAAAGCCCUAAGAAAAAUAAAAACAAUAAUUACCAUAGAAAGAUCUUGAUAAUACACUUAACAAUAAUGUAGGAAAUGGUCCUCAUAAGCCUCGAAAGAGUAAACUCUGCUAAGUGAAAUAAGUUAGACAUGACAAUGGAAGAGUAGAUUUUUUGGUGUGUUUCGAAGAUUCUGCUGAUUAAAAGUGGAUCUCAUUAGAUGAAAUGAAAGAAAAAGCUCCUGUGGCUGUUUGCGAGUUCUUACUAGGGAAAGUGAAAUAUGGAGGUACAAUGAACAAAAAGUGA